CCCUCUCAUCAUGGACAGGUCGAAAUUCUAAAGAAAGCCAUCAUGGUUGCGAAAUAAGCUGCAUCACCCAAGCACUGAGCUUCGUACAACUGUAACUCCCUAAGAUUCACAGGGGUUGUGGUUGCCUCAAAGUGUUACAGCUGUACCUGUAAGCCUAGCCUGCCUAGGACCUGAAGCUCCGGCAGAGUCAUGACGUCGUCACUUUUAAUCACUGGCUUGGGUGUCUACUAUAAAAAUGAUCAAGCAUGAAUCUCUUCUUUAACGAGUCAUCCCAACCACGAAAAGGCACGACUUUCUAGAUUAUCACCAGGCAAUUUGCGCCUGCAGCUUUCAAAAUGCUGUCGUGCUUUGGCAUUGGUAAAAAUCGCGAGGACGCAGAGCGCGAACCUCUGCUGCCGCGUUACAAUGACGACACCGGCCUGCAGACGCGACUUCAUGAGAAGCUCCAUACAUAUCAAAUGCUACGCGCAAUAUCUAAAGGAUAUAUGCCAACAAACGAACAACUUAUCAUCCACUUGAGAACUCUUCUGUCGGCUCAGAUUUUGAACCCUGAGCGACAAGAGCUGAGCCCAUCAGGACGAGCCCUGGUCAGAAGCAUCAAGCUCUGGAUCAAACAGUUCAUUGAGGUGUUGCAACACAAGAAUAGUAAGGACCAGAUUCAGGACUUCAUCUGGUAUCUUACCAAAGCUCGUUUGGAUGUCGACGUCGCACAUAUUGAGCAACGAGCUGCCAGGGCAAAGGUCCGAGCCGAUGCUGUCGCAACCUACAAGAGCUUGCAGACCGUUGGAUCGCUUCUCUUGACCAACUCCGAUUUCCGCAUCUUCCUUUCCGACCUUAGCACUGUUGGAAGAGAGGUGCUUCGAGAUACUGCUUUCACCUUGUCCGACGUCUCUAAACAAGCUGGUGAGGCCAUCAAGCCCUCCAAGGAGGAGGAAGAGGCUCUUAAACAUGCAAAUGGCAAUGGCAAAUCACCUGCUCCACCCUCGGACGAAGAUCUUAAGAAUGAGGUGGUAGAUGUCGGUGAAACUGUCAAAGAUGGUGCGAUUGAAGUGGCCGACGGAGCGGUGCAGAGCAUCAAGGAACAUGUGAAGGGGGACGAAGGUGAUGCACUUGUGAAGCGCCUCAAGCAAACCGUGAUGAACCUCCGGAAACGAACGGACUACAAGGAGUCGGUUUCAACAAUCUCGCUGCUCAUCCAACGUUAUCUUCUCGCCUACUCCCACGCAGCCGCUGCAACCGUUGAAGCAGUUGAGGAGGACACCCAGCCCAACCCAGAGGCCGACAAAGCAGUCCACAACUUCUGGUUGUUCGUCACUUCUCUCGGCAAGCGUGAGCAUUGGGAUGAGGUCAAGAAAUCCUUCGAAGCCGUUGUCGAUGAUGGAAAAACCGACCCCAACUUUGAUGAGCUUGUGCGACAGAUUGGCAAUCUGGUGCAGGAUAUGCUGAGCGACCCUGAUUUCUUUGACAACAUCGAAGAACGAUUCCAGGAACUGCGCAAGAAGUCCAAUGAUCUGACUGCCAAAUCAUCAAUUCGAGAUGAUCUCGACGCCCUGCUUUCGAGUCUGUAUGCCGCUUUCCGCUCAAUCCUGGAUGACCAGGAUAUCAAGAAGCUCAUCCACACAACUGAAAGAAUUGCUCUCCUCUUGUCACCGGCCGGCGAAUACGCUAACAGCGACCUGGUCACCGACACUAUCAACAUCUUUGUCCCUCUCCUCAUCCAGGCUAUUCAGUACAUCCCCAUUCCACGUGUUGAAGUAUCAGCACCCGCUAUCGAUCUUCUGCUAGAGAAUCUCAUCCUUGAGCCCGGUCGCACCAUCAAUGCAAGCUCCUUCCUGCCCUUCCAGCUUAACAUCUCAACCUACAAUGAUGUUCAAGUGAGAAAGGCACUUCAUGGGACGCAAUCUACCAUGAAAUCAAUGAUGAAAGUGACUGUGUCUGGCCUCUCUAUCGCAGCAGACGACCUGGGUUACUGGUUCCACCUGCACUCUGGUCUUUUCCGUAUGGUUGAUGAAGGUAUCGCAGGAUUCCACCUUGAUAAGCGCGGCGUGGACAUCACUCUUGACCUCGAAAUUGGAAAGGAUCGCCUGGAACAGAUCGUCUCCUUACGCGAUGUCAAGGUCCGCAUCCAUCACCUUAAUUACACGCUGAGCAAGUCCAAGUUUGCUUGCCUCGCUUGGAUCCUGAAGCCAUUGGUCCGGCCCAUUGUGCGCAAGGCUCUUGAGGUCAAGAUUGCAGCUUCAAUCGCUGAAGGUCUUCACUUCCUGAACCGUGAAAUGCUUUAUGCACGGGAGCGUCUCCGUGCCACACGAAUUGCUGAUCCAAAGGACCUCUGGACGUUCAUUCGAGCAGUUGCUGCACGUCUCGUUCCAGCGCCCGACCCAGACAUCGACGCCCGCGUUGGCGUCAAAGCAGGGUCAGGCGUGUUCCAAGGGCGGUAUGCACCUGGCAGUCUGGUCAAGCUGUGGGAGGAUGAAGGCAGGGAUGCAGAGCAGAAGCUCUUUGAGUAUGAGCAGGGAGGAUGGAAGAAUGAUAUCUUUGACGUUAGCACAAGCCGAGUUUAAGGUUGAUUUGCGAUGCAUCAUGUAUAUUAGUUACGGUACGCUCAUUAGCUGAUUUGCGAGGCAUGUUGGAGUUGCUGGAGUUUGUUUUAGGGUGGUGAGGUAACAAGGCUACAGGCAAAAGGGCACAUGUUAGGAUGGCGCAUGAUGAAUCAAAUUUUUUAUGAUGACUGAAGCGUCUAGAAAGUCCAUGACAAAAUGAGCUGAAGGCAUUGGACAGCUGUAAUGCCGUUGUAUCCGCUUCAGGAAUGUCGUAACGCUCAGCAUCCAAACGUCGAAUCGGGAGUGAGAUUUGGGCAAGGUAGCAUCUAAGAAGAAGUUCUCUGCUUAGAAUGGCCAAAAUACAUCCCAAUGAUACCACAGUACAUGAAUACACAUAUGUACGCGUGUGCAUUUGGUGCCAGGGGAUGUGAUCACUCAUGUUUCUCAAUCUUAACCCAGAAACAGCGGCCGCCUCCGUCCAAGCUCUAAAGGCGAUCCCCAGAGUCGAGGGUCCAGUAGAAGAAGAGCAUGGUGCAGCACUGCAGGUAUACCAAUGGAGUGGUUUCAGUUAAAAGAGGAGGUGGCAGUUCUAGGGCAUUGACGGUAAUGAGCCAUGUCAUGCUGCUACUGUACCUCUGUGUGAGUUGGCUUGUGGCUGGGACAGCUCUAGCGGAAUAGUCUUGUCACGAGG